CAACUCUCUCAACACCUCACAAGAUGCUGAAGGGAUUCCAGCGGUCCCUCCGUACGGCCGCCUUCAGGCCUACGCCCAUCCAGCGCGCCUUCAACCCCAUCAGGAGCGGCGUCGCGCCGGCACUGUCCCGCUAUGCCAGCACUGGCACCGCCAACGAGGGCAAGAUACACGCGGUCAUUGGUGCCGUAGUGGAUGUCAAAUUCGACGGCGAGCAGCUCCCUGCCAUUCUCAACGCCUUGAACACAGACAAUGGAGGCAACAAGCUCGUCCUCGAGGUUGCGCAACAUUUGGGUGAGAACAUUGUCAGGUGUAUUGCCAUGGACGGUACCGAGGGUCUCGUCCGCGGUGGCAAGGCGACCGACACUGGCGCACCCAUCAAGAUCCCCGUUGGCCACGGCACUCUUGGUCGUAUCAUGAACGUCACUGGUGAGCCCAUCGACGAGCGUGGUCCCAUCAAGGCUACCAAGUACGCUCCCAUCCACGCCGAUCCUCCGGAGUUCACCGAGCAGUCGACCUCUGCUGAGGUGCUCGUUACCGGUAUCAAGGUCGUCGACCUGUUGGCCCCCUACGCCCGUGGUGGAAAGAUUGGUCUUUUCGGAGGUGCCGGUGUCGGCAAGACCGUCUUCAUUCAGGAGCUGAUUAACAACAUCGCCAAGGCCCACGGUGGUUUCUCCGUCUUCACUGGUGUCGGUGAGCGUACCCGUGAGGGUAACGAUCUGUACCACGAGAUGCAGGAGACUUCCGUCAUUCAGCUUGACGGUGACUCCAAGGUCGCCUUGGUCUUCGGUCAGAUGAACGAGCCCCCGGGUGCCCGUGCCCGUGUCGCCCUUACUGGACUAACGGUUGCCGAGUAUUUCCGCGAUGAAGAGGGUCAGGAUGUGUUGCUCUUCAUUGACAACAUUUUCCGCUUCACCCAGGCCGGUUCCGAGGUGUCUGCUCUGCUUGGUCGUAUUCCCUCUGCCGUCGGUUACCAGCCCACCCUCGCCGUCGACAUGGGUAUCAUGCAGGAACGUAUCACGACUACCUCCAAGGGCUCCAUUACCUCCGUCCAGGCCGUCUACGUGCCUGCUGACGAUUUGACGGAUCCCGCUCCUGCCACCACCUUCGCCCAUUUGGACGCCACAACCGUCUUGUCCCGUGGUAUCUCCGAGUUGGGUAUCUACCCCGCCGUCGAUCCCCUCGACUCCAAGUCCCGUAUCCUUGAUCCCCGUGUUAUCGGUGACGACCACUACGACACCGCGUCCCGUGUCCAGCAGAUUCUCCAGGAGUACAAGUCGCUCCAGGAUAUCAUUGCCAUUUUGGGUAUGGACGAGUUGUCGGAAGCUGACAAGCUUACCGUCGAGCGUGCCCGUAAGAUCCAGAGGUUCUUGAGCCAGCCUUUCGCUGUCGCCCAGGUCUUCACAGGUAUCGAGGGCCAGCUUGUCGACAUCAAGGAGACCAUCCGAUCGUUCAAGGCUAUCCUGAACGGUGAGGGUGAUGACCUUCCCGAGGGUGCUUUCUACAUGGUCGGUGACAUCGCAUCGGCGCGUGCCAAGGGUGAGAAGAUUCUUGCGGAGCUUGAGAAGUCAUAGACGCGAGUUGUGGUGGGCGAGAGAUGAGAGUCGGCUAUCACGUCGAGGGCAGUCGCUGGUAGUCUCACUUUGUACAAAAGAUAUACCUCAAAACGUGGGAUUACGAGUGGAUGCUUGGACGGACCCGUGUAAUCUAUCUUGCAUGCAAAGACAACGUUUUUCCUGUU